AUGAAAACUAAUUAUUUAAAUUUCAAUUAUAAUAAUAAUAAAAAUAAAAGUCUUUAUAAUGAUAGUAGUUGUAAUUAUGAAUAUUAUACUAAAGAUAAUGAUAAAUUAAUAUUAGCAAAAGAUCAAUUAAAGAAUUUAAUCAGUAAUAGUGUAAAUAGAAAAAACCAAAAUUCAAAUAAGGAAAGAAAAAUUGAAGUUUUAUUUUCCAAAAUCUUUAAAAAUUUAUACCUUAGAAAUAAAAUAUUCUCCUAUUUCCCACUAUAUAUGUUUCAACAUAAAAGUAUUAGUUUAUAUGGAUCUGCCAAAUGGAAUUUUAGUACAAGUUUUGAUUGUAACUCUAUCAUUAUCACAGAAAAUAAAAGAACUCAAUUUGGUGCUUGUUUCACUAAAAAACCAAUAUCAUUAUUAGAUGGAUUCAAAAUUAGUUUUGAUUUAUUAUUAUUAAAUUCCGGUGAUGGUAAAAUUUCAUUAUUAAUGGUAAAUGGAGGUCAAAAUAAAACAAUUGACUCUUCAUUUAUUUUUAAAAAUAAUAAUGAAUUUAAUAAUAAAAGUAAUGUUUCCAUUACAUUUGAAACUCAAAAAUUAUUAAAUAAUUUAAAUAAUUCAAAUAAUAAUAUAAAUAAUAAUAUAAAUAAUAAUAAUAAUAAUAAUAAUAAUAAUAAUAAUAAUAAUAAUAAUAAUAAUAAUAAUAAUAAUAAUAAUAAUAAUAAUAAUAAUAAUAAUAAUAAUAAUAAUAAUAAUAAUAAUAAUAAUAAUAAUAAUUCUAGUAAUAAUAAUAUUAAUAAUAAUAUUAAUAAUUCUAGUAGUUAUAUUGAAAAAGAAAUUCAAAAUAAUUUAAUAUCAAUUCAAUACAAAGAAGAUAGUAAUAAUAACAUUAAUAAUAAUAAUAAUAUUAAUAAUAAUAAUAAUAAUAAUAAUAAUAAUAAUUUAAAUGGUGAAAAUGAAAAAUUAAAUUUAAGAUCAAUAGGAAGUGUACAGAUAAAUAAAUUAAAUGAUGGGGAAACUCAUCGAGUUGAUAUUGAUUUUAAUUAUGAUUUUGGAACUUUAUCAAUUUAUUUAGACAGAAAGGUUAUACUGGAAAAAAUUCAAAUUCCAAUAUUUUUAACAAAACAAAUUUCAAAAUGUUUUAUUGGAAUUGAAGGUAAUACUUUUAAAUAUAAUUAUCCAAAACAAAUAAUAUCAAAUUUCCAAAUUUUAAAAUCCUAA